UAAAAACGAUUCAAAAUGCUACUUCAAAUCUUCCUUUCCUUUCGAACUGUUUUACCCAUGUCUCACCUUUUUUUGUUUUUCCGCGGAAAAAUUAUUCUGCGCAGUAAGAUGCGCAGUUGUCAUGUUCUGUGGCACCUUUUCAUGUAACAGUCAUGGAGCAUUAAGUCACUAUAUACUAAUAUUGCCAACCUUAACAUACAAUAACGAACAAAAUUCUUAUAGGAAUAAUAGAGAUCUUUAACUUUUAUAUUAUGUACAUUAUUUCCAGCCAAUUAGAUGGAAGGUCAAAAAAUUUCAAACUUAAAUUCGUCAACGUCUACGUUGACCAGUUACCAGGAUUUUCGGUGUUUGAAAAGUAAAUAUCCUGGAAAGAAGUUUUUUUUAUAGAAUUAGUUAUUUAAAGAAUUGUGAAAGAACUACUGGACCAGAUAAACGUUUAAUUACACGAAAUCGUGUAAAAAUUGCAGCUUAAGUGCUUGCUACUUAUUCCAAAGAUUGUGUUUGAAUAAUAUCCACCUUACGGUAGUUUGUUGUAAUACUUAUUUGAAAAUUUAAUCCAUGAAUUCAAAUUUUUUUGAUAUGAUGGAGAACUGUUGUGCUCCACAGUGGGCAGAUUUUACAUGUAGUCCUCAGGUUUGUUGUGAUAGUUAUUUCGAAAAAGAACACGAGGUGCACGAUCCUCAAAUAUUUUUGAAAUCUACCAUUGAUUCCACUCCAUCUUCCUCACAUACGCAAGAAAGCAGAACUGAGCAAUCUGUCAAUGAAACAAAGUUUGAUGACAGUUUAGAACCACAAACUCCUGCACAUUGUAAUAUAGCAUAUUUUAUACCUCAUGAAAAUAAAAUGCAUUCUAUAGAGAAAGUUAAGGAAGAUCAUCAAUUAGACAGAGCUAUGAAAGACUUAAAGCUAGAUGAAAGGUCCAGCAAAAUUCAUCAGACAUGGAAUAUAUCAAUAACAGAUCUGACCGCUGAAUUUAAAGUAUCAAUGGCAAAUCAUAAAAUUAAAAAGGAUGUGCCUGAGAGGAUUAAGCAGCGCAUGUUACAGGCAAAGAACACAAUUCUUGGUAAGUCUUCAUUGAAAGAUGUUCAGGCAAAUAAUAUGGAAAAGAAAAGUACUUUACAAACUGCAUUUACAAAAAAUAAAGAUAAAUUAGUAAUAAAAUCAAAAGUUGAUACUUCAGCAAAAGAUAAUCUUUCAGAGAAGAGAUUAUCUUAUAAAAUUGUAUCACUUUCAAAAAGAGAAUCUAAUUUAUUUAAUAAAAAACGACACUCAUUGGGUAAAUCACAACCAAAGGUACUUACUUGUCAAUAUGGUAUAACAAAGAUGAUAAAGAAUCGGAAACGUUCAAAUCAGUUCGUAAGUUUAGCAGAGGCGAUUUCUAAGUUCCAAAAUGGAACACCUCAGAGAUUCCGUACUCUCAGUAACAAGGAUAUGAAGCCUGGUCCAUUGAUGAAAUUGAAACGAUUACCGAUGAAGCUUACUUAUCCAGUUUCUCCUGCAUUAAGAUGCAAACAGAGAAGGAGAAGAGGUAAUAUCUUGAGUCAGCAAGAAAGAGAAGAGUUGGAGUUUGAAGAAAUGAAGAAGCAUCAAAUCAAAGCAAAUCCUGUACCAAUUAAUAUCUUAAAGGGUCGGUCAGUGUUGAAAAAAGUGCCUAAAAAACCAACUACAGUUACGGAAGAGUUUCAUUUGACUCAGUCUAAGAGAAUACGUCAUACAGCAGGACCAUCCCUAAAUUUGCAACAGAAUACAAAUGCCAAGGAACACAAAAAGAUUGUUCCCAUCACUCCUUCCACCAGUAGCUCAAGUGUUUCCUCUAAGAAGGGAAAUCCCUGUGUAGAAGUUGUUGCAAAUAACACAAAGGACACAAAAUUCAAUUCUAACACUCGCAACAAGGAAUUUCAGAUAAGAAAGGAAGAAAAACUGAAAAAUUGUCACACUCAGGAAGUAAAUAAAGUAAAGACAGAGUUUCAUGCAAGACCCGCACCUAAAUUUCUAAAGCCAACAAAUACAGUUAAAGAGCAGAGUUCAAAAAGGAGAACAAUAGCUACAUGUCCAUUUAGUUUUGAAGAAAGAAACAAAUUUCUUGCUAAGAAGAAAGAAGAAUUGAUUAAGCAGUUGGAGGAACAGGAUAAAAAGGCUAGAGUAUUCCAUGCCAAUCCUGUUCCAAGCUUUAAACCUGUUGUGAUUCAUGGUUUAUCUAAAGAUAAUAUACGAAGCAAGGACAAGGUAAGUGGCUCUAAGGAACUUGGAACCAGACAAAUAAAAAGUUACAGUAACCAAGAAAAUAAGCAGCCUAAUAUUAUGAACAAUACAUUAACGGACAUAAGCACUAGAAAGAAGGUGACAAUAAAUAGAACCAGCACAAGCUUAAUAGAUACCAAAAAUAAAAAAUUAAACAAUGUCCAGAACAAGGUUGGUAAAGUUGAAUUAAAUACAAUGAAAAGAGCUCAAAAAAGGAACGAAUUUGAUGACAAAAUCAAGAAGAGGGAGCAGGAAUUUGGAGCAAAGAAAAUGCAGGAAGAAAAGAAUAAAUUAUUGAAAGAAAAAAUGGAAAGAGCAGAGUUGCGCAAAAUGGCAGAGGUGAAAGCUAGACCAAUGCCAGUAUAUAAACCUAUAAAUAUUGUAAAAUCAACCAAGCCUAUAACCAAUCCACAAAGUCCUGCAUUGGGAAUUAGAAACAAAGCAAAAGCCGUUUCUUAAUUUUAAUCAACAUACAAUAUACAAGUUAAUUAUGUAUUGACUAUAUGUAAGUAACACGACAUGAUUUGUUAGGUAAUACUUCUUUGAGUUGUAGGAAAUAUUUGAACUCUCAUAUACAGUAUCAUAAUAAAGUAAUUUUUUUAUGAAGAAUGGUGCAAUCGAGCUUCGAAUCACAAUAAAAAAGCUGUAUUUUUUUUUGUAAUUUUGUGUCUAAAACUAAAAAUUUUUAUUUUUACCGUUUAGAUAAUUUAAAUGCUAAAAAACAAAUUAAAAAGAAAACUAAACAAUUUAUACAUAUUUACACUUAGAAAUGACGAUUGAAUGUAAUUAAAUAUUUCAGGAUUCGCCAUAAAUUCGAAAAUAACUUGUAUUAGCUAACUAUGACAUAAACAAGAUUUGUUAUUUCAUUAUUUUUUUGAUUUGCUGGAUUACUUUUUUCAGAUAUAUCUCUAAUUGAUAAGGAUGUAAAUGACAUUUUUAGUACUUCUCUUUUAUAUCACAUAAAAUAUAUAUAAUAAAUUUAUAUACCAAGAAUAUUAUAUAGCUUCAACAACAUAGUUUAAUUUAUUUCGAAUGUACAAAGACCACACUAUCAUACAUCUACUUUCUUUUGCUUCGCAUCAGUCAGAGGAAUAAAAAGUUCAGUUCUGGAGACAAUUCAAUCGAUUAAAAAUGCUAUCAUUAACAACUUUAACACCACAAUCAGCAGGAAUAUUUUUUCUUCCAUCAAUUUCAGAUGUUCCAGUUAUCUUUAUCAUUCUAUUUGGCAUACAAUCUAAUAUCGAUUUUUUAGAUACGACAAUACGAUAUAAAAAAUUAAAAACGUUUAUCAAGAUUUCACAGUAGACGAUCGAUAGUAGAAAAUGAAUAUUGUAGAUUGGUUGCUUCCAUUCGAAAUUCUAGCUUUAACUAUUAACACGUUUCUCGUAGAAGUUAUAAAUAUUUUGUAUCUGUAGAAAUAUCGUUUAUAAAUUAUUCGAUGUAACACAAAAAUUACACUCAUUGACAUACGCAAUGUUUUAAUUGACCCGUAUAUCAUAAAUUAUUCUGAAUAACUAUUAUACGGUUAUCUUCAAGUUUCCAUCGCAGUAGCUCCAAUGAGCAAAAACUAAAGUAACAUGAAAGAUUGUGCCUCAAAAAAUAAAGGCAUGGAAAAUAUUUAAUUCCAUUUAUAAUACACGAGUCAGAAUAUUUUUCCUCAAAAUAAUAUACAUAUUACGAAUCGACUCCAUAACUGUUCGCAAAAUUAACGAAAAAAUAUUCGGUGUUUGAAAUGCAUUGAAAAGGCUGUUACUUCUUUUUCUUCGUUUUUUUCUUUUUUUCUUUCUUUUACUAAGAAAUGCAGAAUAAUUGUUAGUGUUAAAAAGAAAA